GGGUGGGGUGGUUAGAAUGGUUAGAAGGGUGGCGUGCGCGCGCACGUCGCUCUGCCGCUGCAUCCGGCUGCUGUCCACGCCACGCAGUCUACCGAGGAUCGCGUAGCGCGUGUGCGUGUGCGUUUGUCCCUGGCACUCCGGCACGCAACCGGAGAACUGUUUUAAUUUCGCAGGAGCACAGGGCUGCCAUGAGCACUGCGUUCAGUUGACGCGAGAGGCUGGAGAGGACCUUUUUAAAACUGUGCAACUUGCGAUUUAGGCGGCGCGUGGAACAUGCGAGGACAUGCGAGGCCGCAUUCUGCCUGCCGACUCCUUCGGAUCUCUCGAUCCCUUCGAACGCAAUCGUCAAUCUUCAGCUUCCGGGGAAGUCUGCGAAUCUGAAAAGAAAAGGAUCCCCGUGACGUCGCCUUGCCGUCGCCGUCACCACCGCCGUGACCAUCCUCGGUGAGCCGGAAGAGCCUAUUCGAGCGAAGAGAAGCGAUCCAGGGUGUAACGGCGGAAGGCUGAUCUGCCAGCUGGAAUGUUUGAUCGAUUCUGGCAAGAUUGACCCGUAAGUGGAAGAACGGGAGUGCAACAGCCUCCGAGUAUCCAGGCUAUCAAUUGCAGAAUCGUGGGGGAAUUAUCGAUGAAUUCAAUUGCAAAGAAGUUGGCGACUUCCCAACCUCGAGGAAGGUAGCACAUCUGCGGCGCGGCCGUAAAGGGAAUACGGGCCAUAAUUUGGAGCAGCACCUAACCAUCGGUGCAGCCUGCAACGUAAACAUCAAUCAGCAUCAAUCAGCAUCAUCAGCAUCAUCAGCAGUAUCGAUACCAUCAACGCUAUAAUUAUUGCUAUCGUUCUCAAAGCAAUCGAUAUCAUUAUUCUUGUCACUGCGAAGGCUGCGGUCGUUGGCACUGUCAUUGACACCCUCCCUAUCAAUCGGAAGCCCCACCAUCAGCAUCACCAUUACCGCGAAGAGCGUCAUCGGCGCUGGACGCCGAUCCUCGUAUCUCGCCUGGAUAUUCGCCGAGGGGCAGACCAGGAGGCUGGGCUUUUGCAGACGCCGUGGCCGUCGCCGACGAAAAGAAGGAAAAGGGAGCAAAUCCUCGACAGGCUUCCGGGCCAACACCUCGCUCGAGAUCUUCCAGCAGAGAACGCGCGCACCCCUAGCCAAAUCCUUACAGUCAGAAACCCUACGGGAUGACGUCCUUUGCUACCUGCGAGCAUCCAGUUUCGUUGCCAGUCAAGAAUCCUAAGGAUCAGUUUCACGUCAAGGACAAAGUGAAUGUUUAGGUACGGAUAGAAGUCAGCGUCCGCAUCGUGUCCAGAUCGCCGAUGACGUCCAGACUGCUGAGCUUGCUUCGCGUUGAAUACUCUGAAAAGGAACCGGAAAUUUAGUCACUCAACAAUACGGAAGCGUUUAUCCAGGAUGAUUGAACGAUAUAAAUAUUCGUUCCAGUUGCAAUUUGCCGCCGGCAGAUCAAACUGAAUUUCGCAUUCAGAUCCGAAUGUUAAUCAGAUCCGAAGUGUAAUCCGAUUCUGAGCGAAGUGACCGUCGCUCAUGGAUUCUGGGUUGUGAAUGGUGGAUAGUAAACAGUGUAUAGUGGACCAUGGAUAGUGGAUUGUGGAUCCUGGACGAUAUGUGAUUAAUGUCUACUGUCGCUCGAGAGUAGAAUCGAACGCGUUCGCAUUUGCGUUCACAUACGUUUCGAACUAGACGGAACGUAAAACGCGAAAGAUAUGUUCGAGCAUUUGUAGUUUUAAAUAUUGUUAAAUAUUUCAAAGCCUUCUAAAAUUCUUUUAAAAGCAGGUCGGAGCAGUACGGGUACUCAUCGCUUAGACUUUUACCUAUUAAACCCGAACGAUUAGUGUACUCGGGCGUAAUCACUUAUUUAACAGUCGUCAUUGUCCAGUUACCUUCGCAUGUUACGCGUCAUCGGCUAUAAAGGAAGCACGCUCGAUCACGUGUGGUAUUUAAAAGCUCGGAUGUUCAAGGGCAGGAGACAUUUGAGCCGAAGAGGAAACGAUUGUUGCGGUGGAAUCAGGGCGAUGACAAAGGAGAAAAAGCUCAUGGAAGUCGGGAGAGUGUAAAAUAAUUAAAAGUGCGAGGGUGACAAGUUCAUUUUCAUCGAGUUGAAAUAUCUGUAGUCAACAGUGAUAUUUGUAGUAAUUUCAAGAUUUUGAUGUCCCUAGUAUUCUCGUGGACUCUUCUCGUAGCCUGACCCAGUCCAACCCCAAUCCAACCUUGAUCUUUAGUCUCUUCACUACCGUUCCUUCGUUCCUCGCGGCCGAUGCUCGUGGUAGCACGUCACUUCCGUCGCUCGGGAGAGGCCACUCAUCUUACUUACGUAUAUUAUUAAGGUAAACCUCGACCCUUAAUCUAGGGAAGAAAACGGCGGGACCAAUUUUUCGCGUUGACUGUGUGUCGUUCAUUGAGAAUGAUCGAGCAAUCCUCUCGCAAUUCGAGUGUAACGUCACACGAAACGCGAAAACGUAAAACGCUAAACGCUUAGAAAGCGCCGAAAACAGAUUCUAAAAGAUUUGGUCCAAUCAGUCGGCGUCGGCUUUGGAGCCACCGAACCAGUUGAACCACAAGUUAUUAGAAUAUUUAAGGAAUUAGCUUAGCGACUAUUCUCGUUUCCACCCUCUCACCAAUCAGUGUCUCCUCCUAUCCUUAAGACCUAACAAGUUCACGUGAUACCUUCUGACCUCAAGCAUCAAGCGCUUGGAAGUCACCAGCCAGCGCGAUCACGCGUCAACCCUGACCUCGAGUUCAAUGUGAAGAUCGUAGGAAGACCGGGAGAUCGAUCGAGGGGAUCGAGGGGAUCGAAGAGCAGAAUAGAAGGAAGCAUGAAAGGAUGAAGAUUCGGGACUCGAGGGGGAGGAUCUUCUUACGGGACGAUCGCGAAGAAUGCUACUGCCGAAGGGAUUGCCCGAAAUGUCAGGAGGAAUUGAGAAUGCCAUAAGUUCCCUCUGCGAGAAUCAGAAAUCAUUGGGUUCGGGGAGCAAGAGCCGAUAGCGGCAGCCAGGUCGAAGGGUGCGGGCAUGCCGAGCUUCGGCACCACAAUCAAGGGCGCUGCUAAUUUCGCUUCGGCAAGCAUCUUCGAGGGGCGUAUGACGUGGGGCGGGGUCGUCGGCGACAUCGGCGUCGUCGGCGGUGCUGGUGCUGAUACUGUGAGCCUUAUCUCCAUUGGCAGAGGUGCCGGUGCGACUAUCGGCGGAGUAAGCGACGGCGACGGCAGCGAGAGAGGAGGACUCGUCUCCAGCCGUGGCAAUAACGGUACUGGAUUUCAAACUGGAAUUGGAGAUCCAGCUGUAAAGGGUGUCGGCGAGCUGGGAGCCAGAGUCGCAGAGACUCGACGCACAUUCGGUAGCCGUGGUACUGGAGUUAAUAUAAUCGCUGCGACAUCCGGGUCAAUUGGAAAGCCAACAAUUGCAGCUGCUCGUGCCGAUGGAUGUGGUGCUGCCGUUGGCGGCGACCGCGGCCGUGGUGGAACCUGCGAAGGCAGCAGCAGCGGCGUUCGACCUGGCGGAGGACCUGUUGGAAGUACCGCCGGUGCAGUUGGCAGUGCAGCAAGGGUGACUGGAGGUGGAAGUGGCGGAGACGGUAGCGUUUCCAACAACGUGGCCGGUGCCGGUGCUAGUGGCGGCGGCGGCGGCGGCGGUAUUGGUGCUAGCGCUGGCAGCGGCGACGGUGGCGGUGGCGGAAGAGCGAGGGAAGCCAGUGCUAGUGGCAGUGGCGGUGGCAGUGUCAGUGGCGGAGACCGAGGAGGUUCAAAUAGUGCCAACGGGGGAAGCGGGGGGAGCAGGGGACGCGUCGGUGAGAUCGGUGAGAUCGGCGAGAUCGGCAGGGUCGCCAGGGUCGCCGGAGGAAGUGGUGGCGGCGGUGGUGCCGGUAGCGCAAGUGGACUCAGCCACGGUGGCGGUAUCGUCGGUAACGGCGGCAACGAAGGUGGCGGAGGUGCGAUGGGGAGCCACGCCGCCGAAGGUGAGCUCCUCUUCGGUUUCGAGGAGAUGAUGGAGGAUUUUGGCUCGUCGUUCAACAGCUCCUUCAACGAGAGCUUCUUUUCGUGGAACGGCAGCCUCUACAACGAGACGUACCUCGUCCUCGGGGAGGGAAUGUACCCCUCGGGAUACAGCCUGCCUCAUAUCGUCCUCGCCUCGAUCGUCGUGACCCUCCUGAUGAUCGUGAUAGUCGUUGGGAACAUGCUCGUGAUAAUAGCUAUCGCGACCGAGAAGGCCUUGAAGAACAUUCAAAAUUGGUUCAUAGCGAGCCUCGCAGUCGCCGACUUCUUUCUAGGCCUCGUGAUAAUGCCCUUCUCAUUGGCCAACGAGAUAAUGGGCUACUGGAUAUUCGGCUACUGGUGGUGCGACAUAUACUCCGCGAUGGACGUGCUCCUCUGUACGGCGAGCAUCAUGAACUUGUGCUUGAUCAGCCUCGAUAGGUUCUGGAGCAUCACGCAGGCCGUUGAUUAUCUGAAGAAGCGGACCCCGGCCAGGGCGGCGCUGAUGAUAGCCCUCGUCUGGCUACUCUCAGCCCUCGUCUGCAUCCCGCCCCUCCUUGGCUGGAAGCGACCUACUCCCGAGGAGAAGUAUCCCAAGUGCAAGCUGUCCGAGGACAUUGGAUACGUGCUUUACUCGGCCCUGGGCAGCUUUUACAUCCCCUCCUGUAUAAUGGUCUUCGUCUACAUCCGUAUUUAUUUCGCGGCGAAGGCACGGGCCCGACGAGGCAUCAGGAAGCAACCACGACCACGACCAGUGGCUCCCGCACAGUCGCCGAAUAUCCGGCAAACAAGUUUCACUCAGAACAUGUCAGCGGUGGAUAUUGAAAGGACGCCUGGAAGAGCGCUAAUGGAGAACGUAGCCACCAUUGAGAAUCAGCCGGUUCAGAUACCGAUAGUGACGUGCGACUUUGCCAGUGACGUCAGCACCUCCGAAGCGGAGCCCCCAGGUGGUUCGCCGAGUCUUCCGCUUGAAGAAAAAGACACACUCAAGGUAAGCAUACCGAUGCCGAUGCAGAAGAACGCGCUCAGGGCGACCUUGUCGGUGAACGGAGCCGAGGAUGAAGCUUCAGCGUCAUCCUCGACAUCAGCGUCGGGCCAGAGCAGCAUCCCUAUGAGAUGCAGAGCGCCGAGCGUCGGCAUCGACGUCGACAUGGUCAGUGAGUUCGACCCGUCUUCGUCGGACAGUGGCGUCGUCUCGAGAUGCGCCGUCGUGAAGCCACUGAAGUUGCGUCUGUGCCAGCCGAUCUUCGGGCGCAAAGCCAUCGGGAAGUUGAAGCGGGACCAAGGAGCCAAGGGAGGUGGUGCCGGAGCCACCAAAUCUGGACAUUCUCCUCGUGGAGGUUCCGAAGGUAUAACCCCCAUGGGAUCCUCCAUCGAAGUGGCGAAGCCCGUCAAGCCUCGAGAUCCGGAACGGGAGAAGCGGCGCCUAGCACGUAAAAAGGAGAAGCGUGCCACCCUGAUCCUUGGUCUCAUAAUGGGCAGCUUCAUUGCCUGUUGGCUUCCCUUCUUCUUCCUUUACAUAGUGAAGCCCCUCUUCCCCAGCCUCGCCAUACCCGGCCCCGUCUUCGUGAUAGUCUUCUGGCUCGGUUACAUGAACUCUGCCCUCAAUCCCGUCAUCUACACGGUUUUCAAUAAGGACUUUCGCCGAGCCUUCCGACGAAUACUUUUUAAGUGACUUCAGCCAACGAAUAAUUACAGACAACUGGAUAAACUGAUUUCGCGAAGAAUUUCAAGAGACGGAUACACCCGUUAUAUAUAUUUCGCGUAGCCAAGGCAUAUCAACGGGCAUAGGCUGAUGUUGUUGUUGCUGCUAUUGCUCCCGCUCUACUUCCUGGCUCCUGCCCCGCUCCUGCUGCUCUGUUGUUAUUGUUGAAUCUACUUUUACUACCUACCACUACUUAUUCUUCUUCUUCUAUUGUUAAAUCUUCCACUUCUUCCUUUUCUCUUCGUUGAGUACGAAUGCUAUGGAAUGCGAGUAUCGAAUGACUGUAUGAAACUGGGUGUGUGACUGCACGUACGCGGUAAGGUUAAUAAGAAGGAAGGAAUAAGGAAGAUAAGCGCAACGAGAAAUCUCAUUAUUACAUACAAUCAAAGUGGAAGGAGGUGUCCAUUAUCUGUUUUAAGAAUUGAUAAGGAUAGUCAAUGGCAAUUAAAUGGCUAUUGAAAUAGCAGCUACCAGAAAAAAAAAAGAAAAAAAAAAGAAAAAAGAAAGAAAAAAGAAAAAACGUUCGAAAGAACGUACGCGAUAGACGAAUACGUAUGUAUAGUAUUAUUGUCCUAUCCCUUUUAUCGUAUACCUAUUAAAAUAAAUAACUACACGACAAGACAAUCCGCUGAUAUAUUCAAACUAAAAAGAAAAUCUAAAAAUCGUUGACAAAUAAGAUGAGCAAAAAGUUUCCUACUAAACGCAUAGGUUGUAUAAGGAUCGUGCGUUGCCGAUCCGUCAAUGGAUAUUCAUUCGAAUUUCAAUAAAUCGAUAAUCAAGCGAUCAAUGUGUACACGCGCAUCGAUAACGACGCGGGUAACAAAUAUAACGCAACGAAACGAGGUGCACGAACGACAUUCUCGACGUUUGACAAUCGCCUAAAAGUACUUAUGUGCACACGUAAAAAGUGAGGACACUCCUGUCGCCAUUUUACAUAUUUGGAGAUUCAGGUUCCUCGCGUAGACUCGCAUAGAGACACGUAAAUACGCGCGUACCGCCAUGGCGUCAUCUCCUUUAGGUAAAUCGAUGAGCAUUUUGAGCAUGAGAGUACGUGACGUCAUUCGGCCAAUGAGAGUAAGCCGAGCCAUUCGGGCCAAUAGGAUUCGAAGGAAGCAGGCGGGAAAAUACAAACUGGCUAAGUACGUCACGCGAAAAGGUCCCUCUUAUUCGAUAUCGAGAUCCCUGAUCAAAUAUCAGCGCGUUCCUUGAGUCUCGGAUGAGUUUUAUGCGAUUCAAGUAAAAAUCUACUCGGGCGAUCGGAACGUUCCGGGUGCGUCGUUCGGCAAAUCAAAGGGGACGUAGGCUAUUCUGGCUAAGCCGGAAGACCGAACGAGGACGAAGAGGAAAAGAAGCCGAGAGAUCCGUGGCUUGACGUAAUGAAAGAAAAAUAGAAGUGAAUGGAGGAAAGUUGGUCCAGUAAGUCUCGUCGCCUCGUUGCCUUGUUGGGAACGAAAGGAGAAGAAAAAAAAAAGUAGAAAAACCCAAGCAUCGUAUGCGCACGCGCGCGAGCAAUUUACGCACGUCUCUUUAUUAAAGUAGCACGAGAGAUAGGUGGGAUAUACAAGUAUAAAAGUCUCAAUAAAGUUAAGUGAAUUAGAGCGUUAAGAUUAAGCAACUAAAGGGUAAGACGAGAUGAGAAGAAGAAGAAAAAAAGAAAAACAAUACGUGAUUCCAAUUACGUGUACCAUUCUUUGUCUUAGACGACGAAAUUUUUGCGAAAUUUUCGAAUCUCUAUGUGUCCCCAGAACGUUAUCCAAUCCCAAGUAGCCAAUUAAUCACUCGUUGAUCCAACCGAUACAUCCGUCGACUCCUCCAUUUCCCCAGUCGUCCGUUGUCAACGUGACACGUAGACACCCUUUCCAACUAAUAAUUAACAAGAACCCAACUUAAUCGUUUAGCUACACCCCUACGGUUACAUUGUAUCUAGGGAUAGGAAUUUACAAGAAUUUAAAAUACGAGAUGUAACGUCUUCUUCAUCCUACGUUUAUUACUAUUUCAUCGAGAUAUUACUCAUUCAAUCGUAUGAAUACGUACAUAUAGGACACGGAAAGCAACAAUGCGAAUACAAGAAGACAGACACACAGGACACAGAGGAUACACGCAUAAUUAUAUAUAAAUAUAAAUACAUACAUACAUAUACAUACAUAUACAUAUAUAUACAUAUAUAUAUAUAUAUAUAUAUAUAUAAACGUAUUAUCGAUUAAAUUCGCCGUAGGAAUCUAUUGAUUGACGUUAUCAUUUCCAUUUGUCGCCGAUCGCUUGAUUCGUGUUUCGAUGAUCGGAUGAGUUUCGCUAAUUUCGAAAACACUAUUGAAAUUCGUGAACAAGAGCCGUGAAGUACUCUCGAUUAUGUUAGGACACGAAAGAAGCGCAUUCAGCGUACUGUAACUGUACAAUUUGAUUACGAUUAGAUAAAGGAGCAAGAGCACAAAAAGAACUUGAGUGAAAUUCAUCGGAUUUUCAAGACACGAAUUGUCGACUGACAAAUUCUAUCGAUAAUAUUGGAGCAAUGAAAUCACUGUGAUAUCACUAAAACGCUUUCAAGGUGUGUUGAGAUUGACAAAACACAACAUGGCCGACAAAAACAAAGAAGAGAACAGUUACGAGAGAAAGGAAUAGAUAGACGGAUAGGGAUAAAGAGAGCGCGCGAGAGAAAAACAAGAGAAAGAGAGAGAGAGAGAGAGAGAGAGAGAGAGAGAGAGAGAGAGAGAGAAAUUUAUGAUAUUAAUUAUCGUAUUGUAAAUCGUAUUAAUACCGAUCGACUAUUACGAACUUGUAUUAUUACUCAAAGGAAUCUAUAUACAUAUAUAUUAUAUAUUGACUAUUAUUAUGAACAUUAUUACUAUUAUUAUCAGUAUUAUUAAUACGAAGUCCUAUUGUCUAAUAGCGUUGAUUGUCUGUUACAAGUGAUAAAAAAUAUAUAUAUAUAUACAGAAUGAAAGAGGAAGUAUAAGUAGAUCGAAUGUAAAAAAAAAGUGAUUCGCCCGAUUUAACAUGGAUACCGGAAGUUCCAACUCGGCACGACUUAAGUAGUAGCGUAGCGCUUAAGUACGACUUUGCGAUUAAGACUAAGCUAGUUUAACGAGAGUUCUAGAAGACAAUAGCGACGACACUUGUACACACGCACACCGUCUCCCUUCGAACGACACACCGAUACACGCACGAGCAAUAUACAUAUAUACAUGCAACAUCUAAUUUUAAGAAAAUAAGAGUUUCGACACACGAAGAGCGAGAGGAAACAACAACAACAACAAUAACAACAAUAACAACAAUGAAAAAUACACUUCCGACUUUGCCAAUCGUGGAGGAUGGUAGCUGAACUUUUCUCAAAUGUAAGGUUAGGAUUGGCCCUCCUCGAGUCGGAGGUCGAACAUCGUCGCCAGGACUAACCUCAAACUUAUUGAACCUCCAACGUGUGUCUUCAGCUUCUCUCUCCGUCUCUGGGCGAAGCAGAAUUCUCGAGGCUCGUCCAGUUUAGACCGAAGGCUGGAGGUGGAACUCCCUGGCGUUCCUUGCACCACCUAUACCUACCUUAUACCUACCAUCUUCCUACCGAACAAUGCACGAACAAUCGAACACACAUUUUCCUCGACCACAUCGUAGCACGAAGAAGCUUCUCCCCCUUGUUAUAUCUAACAGAGCAACCUACCUAGAUACUUGGCUAUUUAUCUACCCAGCUGCAUGCCUGAACGCCUGCCUGCCUGCCUACUGAUCUAGCUACCUACAUGCCUACGUACCAUGCCUGCCUGGCCAGUUUAGCUAUUUAUCUACUUAGCUACUUAGCAACGUGGCUAUCUGUUCAUUUCUAUAGUCAAGUUAUCCCGUAGUACUACUUGGCUGCUGCCAUAGCCACAAGCAACCUAUUUGUGCAGCCGACAAAUAAGCGUGUUCAAAUAGGGAUUGCUGCUUUCACGGUAUUCACGGAUUUCUUGUACGCGAAUGAGCACAUUAUGGGGUAUCUUGGUAAAUGGAAAGUACGUGAGCGGGUAUGUUAUAUGGAUACAUAUCUACCGUAGCAUCUUAUCGAAUUGAUUUGCGAGCGAAUUGAAAUUACGUCUUCCGAAAAAUGACAAUUUUUGGAGAAAGGAGCUACUUGAAUUUUUUUUUUUUUUUUUUUUUUUUUAAAGAACGUAAGGGCCGGAGUUAACUGAUUUUUUGUGUACCAUUAUACCAGUCGGGUUGCUCAUCGAUCCUCUUUCUGUAUUUUCCUCUACAUUUGGUCCGCCAUAUAGCAAUUACUUUUUUUACAACGAUCCAUCCUACAGCCAUCACUCUUCUACUUGACUUUCCGCUCUCCUUUUCAUUUUCGCUCUCCAUUUUCCACACCACUCGACACCAUCUCUCCAUUCCUCUUUACCUUCGCUUCCUUUUCCACAAUCCUCGUUACAGUCGCAGUCAGCGUACUUGCUAUUCGAAUAAAAAAUGUUGGCUCGUAUUUUCUCGCAGUCCCGGGUCUCCCGAGGGCCUCGGCCCUGCAAAAGCAAACCAGGGGCCAACGAACGCUCGAGAAAGUCCAUCAGCAGCCGCUAGCUCCUGGCUUUUCUUAUUCUUCCUUCUUCUGCUUAUUUUCUCCUUUUUAUUUAUUUUUUUCCUUUCCUUACGACAGACAAGAGAGAAACGUGACCGCCGCCAUUUCUCAGGCUGGAGACGCAUUGUCGUCCAGCGGUGUUGAAAAGAGGAUUGCUGACUAUAAUAUAUCUUAUGGAAUUGUCGAGCGAUUCCUUACGGACGACCGCGAAUCCGUUUUAUUAACCAACACUUUGGUUAAUCGCCACCCAAUCAUAUUUCCAUGCACGCACAACACCGCACGCACCUCACGCAUCUCACGCACACUAUACAGUUAGGCCACACGAACGCUCCGUUUCAACAUUAGAUUGGCGCGGUUCAUUUUACGUCAAGUUUAAUCUACAAAAGUCUUCCAUUCUUUCCACGACGUGUAUCGUCCGCGUUCGCUCGAAUGCUGAGGCCGUAAUAAUUAAUAACGCGUUGAUGGCCGACAGAGACGUCAGGAAGCGUCAAAAGAAGAAGAAGCUUCGACGUCGAGGAGGCCGAGGAAAUAAGUAGACAGGAAAGUCGCAGGAUGGGCGUGAGAUAAUAAAACGAAGUAGAAACGAAUUUGUCAAAGCGCGCGAAACGAGGAGAGACACUGAACGCGUGAAUAAAUGAAGCAAGUGGGAACGGAAAAAAAAAAUAAUGGAAAAAAAGAAGAAUAUCCCAUAAGAAUGGGAAACUGCGACUGUUCAGUCUAGACAUUAUCCGACCCCAACGAGGCGUCGCGUCUAUUUUUUUCUUUUCUUUUUGCUCGAGCACGGCUCCAAUCCGCCACAAUUUUCGAUAACGUCACACGCGUCUUCCUUUCGCUCCAGCAGUUUCUUCAGUAUAUCCCUUGCGAAAUCUCGAAACGAAACAAACUCACGUCGUCUCGAAAUGUCGAUCCGAACGUCUGUGGAACGUCGAGCAUGCAAUUGCGUAAUUCGAUAUACCACGUGUGCAUGUAGUACGUAGCUCCGUAACAGCGAUAAUAAUUUUUAUAAGUCUAAUCCAACAGUGGAACCUGCAUCAGACGUGACGAGAUGGGUCGAGGGAGAGAGGGAGAGAGAGAGAGAGAGAGAGAGAGAGAGAGAGAGAGAGAGAGAGAGAAGUAAGAAAAAGAAGGAGAGAGAAUCAAAAAUUCUUAAAAAAAAAAGGCGUGACGAGCGAACGUGCGCACGUUUGCGCGUGCGUGCGUGAGUGAUUGUGGUGCACGUGUAUGCUUGAGGUUGAAAUAGGGAUAAGAUAGAAGCGAAGGGAAGAACGUGUGGAAUAUGGUUUUCUGACGCGAUACACGUCGCGUCAAUUAGAUAAAGCAACAUCUUCGUAAGUUUCGUACGCACCGUCUGCUCGAGUGUCCGUCUAUGCGUGGCAAAAAAAAA